CCGCCGUCGUCGCCGCCAUCCUCGGCGCGACUCGUCUCGCUUGGUUCUACCUGGGAGAAUCCACCGCCAUCCGCCACCAUGGUGAACUUCACGGUAGACCAGAUCCGGGCCAUCAUGGACAAGAAGGCCAACAUCCGUAACAUGUCUGUCAUUGCCCACGUGGAUCAUGGCAAGUCCACGCUGACAGACUCCUUGGUGUGCAAGGCAGGCAUCAUUGCAUCGGCCCGGGCUGGGGAAACACGCUUCACUGAUACCCGGAAGGAUGAGCAGGAGCGUUGCAUCACCAUCAAGUCAACUGCCAUCUCCCUUUUCUAUGAGCUUUCUGAAAAUGACUUGAACUUCAUUAAGCAGAGCAAGGAUGGCUCUGGUUUCCUCAUCAACCUCAUUGACUCUCCUGGGCAUGUAGACUUUUCCUCAGAGGUGACAGCUGCCCUCCGAGUCACCGAUGGCGCCUUGGUGGUGGUGGACUGUGUUUCAGGCGUGUGUGUGCAGACAGAGACAGUGCUGAGGCAGGCCAUUGCUGAGCGCAUCAAGCCUGUGCUGAUGAUGAACAAGAUGGACCGUGCUCUUCUUGAGCUGCAACUAGAGCCUGAGGAGCUCUACCAGACCUUCCAGCGUAUCGUGGAGAACGUGAACGUCAUCAUCUCCACCUAUGGGGAGGGCGAGAGUGGCCCCAUGGGCAACAUCAUGAUUGACCCUGUCCUUGGCACUGUGGGUUUCGGGUCUGGCCUCCAUGGUUGGGCUUUCACCCUGAAGCAGUUUGCAGAGAUGUAUGUGGCCAAGUUUGCAGCCAAGGGUGAGGGCCAGCUUGGGCCAGCUGAGCGGGCCAGGAAAGUGGAGGACAUGAUGAAGAAGCUGUGGGGUGACCGGUACUUUGACCCAGCCAAUGGCAAAUUCAGCAAGUCAGCCACCAGCCCUGAUGGGAAGAAGCUUCCCCGGACGUUCUGUCAGCUCAUCUUAGAUCCCAUUUUCAAGGUGUUUCAUGCAAUUAUGAAUUUCAAGAAAGAAGAGACAGCAAAACUGAUUGAAAAGUUGGACAUCAAGUUGGACAGUGAAGAUAAGGACAAAGAAGGCAAACCUCUGCUGAAGGCUGUAAUGCGCCGCUGGCUACCUGCUGGGGAUGCCCUAUUGCAGAUGAUCACCAUCCACCUGCCUUCCCCAGUGACGGCCCAGAAGUACCGCUGUGAGCUUCUGUAUGAGGGGCCCCCAGACGACGAGGCUGCCAUGGGCAUUAAAAACUGUGACCCCAAAGGCCCCCUUAUGAUGUACAUUUCCAAAAUGGUGCCAACCUCCGACAAAGGUCGGUUUUAUGCCUUCGGACGUGUCUUCUCGGGGCUGGUGUCUACCGGCCUGAAGGUCAGGAUCAUGGGGCCCAAUUAUACCCCCGGGAAGAAGGAGGACCUCUACCUGAAGCCCAUCCAGAGAACAAUUCUGAUGAUGGGCCGCUACGUGGAGCCCAUUGAGGACGUGCCUUGCGGGAACAUCGUGGGCCUGGUGGGUGUUGACCAGUUCCUGGUGAAGACAGGCACCAUCACCACCUUUGAGCAUGCCCACAACAUGAGGGUGAUGAAGUUCAGUGUCAGCCCUGUUGUCAGGGUUGCUGUGGAAGCCAAGAACCCAGCUGACCUGCCUAAGCUGGUGGAGGGGCUAAAGCGCCUGGCCAAGUCGGACCCCAUGGUGCAGUGCAUCAUUGAGGAGUCUGGGGAGCAUAUUAUUGCAGGCGCCGGGGAGCUGCACCUGGAAAUCUGCCUGAAGGAUCUGGAGGAAGACCAUGCCUGCAUCCCCAUCAAGAAAUCUGACCCAGUUGUCUCAUACCGUGAGACAGUUAGUGAGGAGUCCAGUGUGCUCUGCCUCUCUAAGUCCCCCAACAAGCACAACCGGCUGUACAUGAAGGCUCGGCCCUUCCCUGAUGGUCUGGCUGAGGACAUCGACAAGGGCGAGGUGUCUGCCCGCCAGGAGCUGAAGCAGCGGGCCCGGUACCUGGCUGAGAAGUACGAGUGGGAUGUGGCUGAGGCCCGCAAGAUCUGGUGCUUUGGGCCUGAUGGCACUGGCCCAAACAUUCUCACUGACAUCACCAAGGGUGUGCAGUACCUCAAUGAAAUCAAGGACAGCGUGGUGGCUGGCUUCCAGUGGGCCACCAAGGAGGGAGCACUGUGUGAAGAGAACAUGCGGGGUGUGCGCUUUGAUGUUCAUGAUGUGACAUUGCAUGCGGAUGCCAUCCACCGUGGGGGUGGACAGAUCAUCCCCACAGCCCGGCGCUGCCUGUAUGCCAGUGUGCUGACUGCUCAGCCCCGGCUCAUGGAGCCCAUCUACCUUGUGGAAAUACAAUGUCCAGAACUAGUGGUCGGUGGCAUAUACGGUGUACUGAACAGGAAACGGGGCCAUGUCUUCGAGGAGUCCCAAGUGGCUGGCACCCCCAUGUUUAUUGUUAAAGCCUACCUGCCCGUCAAUGAGUCCUUUGGCUUCACUGCUGACUUGAGGUCCAACACAGGUGGCCAGGCCUUCCCCCAGUGUGUGUUUGACCACUGGCAGAUCCUGCCCGGAGACCCCUUUGACCACACCAGUCGCCCCAGCCAGGUUGUGGCAGAGACCCGCAAGCGCAAAGGCCUGAAGGAAGGCAUCCCAGCCCUGGACAACUUCCUGGACAAAUUGUAGAUGGCCCCUGCCGCAGCACCCCCCACUUCGGUGGGAGGGGCUCAGCACCCACACCCAGUUUGACCACAGCAGCACGUCCUUACAUUCUCAGACAACACCUCGAGACUGUCCCGACACGACACAGUGAUGUUCUACCUGAGAGGUUCUGGGGCCAUCGCUCAACGUUAACACUUGA